AUCCUUUGCUCUUCUCAGUCUGUCACAUUCGUGUUUGCACAUUUCCUCAUCUCGCAUCUCGUCUCAAACAUCUCGCGCAUCUUAGCCAUGGUGAGCUUCUGUCCUAUAUGUGGGAAGCCUGUUUAUUUUGGUGAAAAGAAGAGGUCAUUAGGACGGGAUUAUCACCCGUUGUGUUUGAAGUGUCACAAGUGUAAAAGACAGCUUACAGCAGGCCAGCAUGCAGAGCACGAUGAGAAGCCAUACUGCACUAACUGCUACAUGAGAAAUUUUGGACCCAGAGGUAGUCGAAUGCCUGUUCCUCGGACAUUUAACACAGCUACUUCUUAAGAGAAGUCGGACCAUCUUAAAUACCACACCACAGCUUGAUCUACAAACAGCAACAUAACCAUCCUCAUGUCUGUAAAUACAUAUAGUGUAACCAAUGCCCUCCUCUCCAAAACACAAUUCCAUUCUUUAUUCAUUUUCUUUUCUGGUUGUAUAUGCCAGAACCUUUCUACCAAAUCAACAGCCAUUUGCUUUGGCGUUCUCUCAGGGAGAUGAGCUGUUCAGAGUAAUGCCACUUACUAGGUUGAUUCAUUUUUAAAUUAAAGUUACAUCUUCAGUGUUUACCAUUUUUCUGUCCUUCAAAAUGGAAAUGUGAAAAUAUUAUUAAUGUAAGUAACAUUAUUAAAACAUUAAAAAAACAUUUUUUUUAAGCAGGUGGUUCUUAGGUCAUAAUGUGUUUUUGUUUUAUUAAUAAAAAGUCAAAAAUCUAUAUACCAUUAAUUAAUUGAUGAAUUUUUGUGCACUGUAUUGUUUGUUCUUCUACUUGAAUUUUGAAGAUCAGGGCCUAUAAAACAAAGAAUCCCUUUCACAAGGAUGCAAAUCUACCUACAAAGCAAAAAGGACAAUAAUUAGGUAUUGUGUCUUUUUAAUUAGGAGCAGACGCCCGUGUCCCAAACCUCCCAAACGGUGCGUAAGUGUUGGCUUUAUCAUUAUUGUAUGUUCAAGAAGAAUAUGUAUUUGAUUUAAGAUUUUAUCUUUUUUAUUAGUUAUAUAAUAAAAAGUGUCACUCAUC